UACCCCCAAAACAUAUGGGAACAUAAGGGAUAUAUUUGUGAAAAUUCGCUACUGUUCCAAUGGAGUCUUCAUCGUUUUCGACGAGCUUCACGAAACUCCGAUAUCCAUUUUCAGAGACAUUGCUGUGCAAAAGAGAAAACUUUCCUGGGUGGAUUAAGUGUUAUGCAUGUCCUUCAUCCACGAAGAAUGCCGCUGGAACUUUACUCUGUCAAGCUGGCUUUCGUACUCGGAAGUGGAGUCUUUUGCAGGUUUCAUGUAGCCAACAGAGAGAUAUUCCUGUCAUAGAAGCUGGGUGCAUGGAUGACAUAUAUGUUGCUUUGGCCGAACACCUUGUUCCAACUGCAUCAUCAUCAUCAAGCCCUAAUUUCAAGCAUAUUGUUGGUCUUGCUGGCCCCCCUGGUGCUGGAAAGAGCACUGUUGCAUCUGAAGUAGUUAAGAGAGUCAACAAGUUAUGGCCCCAAAAGUCUUGUUCCUUUGAUUCUCAAGUUGAGCCUCCAGAAGUUGCUAUUGUUCUUCCAAUGGAUGGAUUCCACCUUUAUCGUCAUCAGCUUGAUGCAAUGGAGGAUCCAGAGGAAGCACAUGCGAGAAGGGGUGCCCCAUGGACAUUUGACCCCAAUUUACUGCUAGAAUGCCUUAAAACUCUUAAAGAACAGGGAUCAGUGUACUGUCCAUCUUUUGACCAUGGUGUAGGAGAUCCUGUAGAAGAUGAUAUCUUUGUGAAGCUUCAGCACAAAAUAGUGAUAGUUGAAGGUAAUUAUCUGCUUCUUGGAGAUGGUGCUUGGAAGGAGGUAUCCUCCAUGUUUGAUGAGAAGUGGUUUGUCGAUGUUGAUAUUGAGAAAGCAAUGCAACGUGUCCUGAAGAGACAUAUAUCUACUGGGAAGUCCCCUGAUGUUGCUAAAUGGAGGAUAGAUUACAAUGACAGGCCCAAUGCUGAGCUAAUUAUGAAGUCCAAGAAAAAUGCAGAUUUGGUGAUCAAGUCUAUUGACGAAUUGAGGUGAGCCCCCGACUCCGUCACCUGUAGUAAGAGUGAAUUCAGCAGUCUUUCGUGCGAGGGAAAAUUUGAAUGUUGGCAUUAAAAGUUAGCCAAAUAAAUUUUUAUCCACCGGCUUGAAUCUGAUGGAGUGUAGAACCUUUUGUUGCGUUUACCCUAAGUUUAAGGGACUGGAAAUAAUGGUGUUUAUAGUUUAAUCCUUUUUCCUGCAAAUAAGAUGUAGUUUAAUCCUUUUUGACAUGUAAUGUAGAAGGUCGGUAAUAUUACUUUGUAUGAGUUCUUUCCUUACUAACAUGUAAUGCAGAAGGUCCUUUUAUGAA